AUGUCUUCGAUUGAAGAUUUUAUCAACCUCCAAGUUCCUUCUGUAGUCCAUAAAGAUGACUGCGGCUAUUGUUUUGAGACCAUGUAUAAUGACGAUACGAAAACAUCACACAGUUUAAACAUCUGUUUGAGAUGCUUUCAGAGCUUCUGCUCCGAUCAUACCAAUCUCCACGAAGACGUUACACAACAUGAGUUGAAUGAAAGACAUGAUUUCUAUUUAAAGCUCACUAAAGUCAAGAAACCAGAUGCGGAGCACCCUGUUGAAAAGAAGCUCAAGCUGGAAGUGACAGAGAAGAGCGACGAUGACGCUUACGACUCCUUUUGGUGCGUUGUUCAGGGCACCACGACUUUGGUCGAUCAUGAAACUAAACCUUCCAAUCCUGAAGUACAAAGUAAGGUGGACCAUAUUUUGAGCGCCCGAUCUAACAAUUUUCAACAGAUGGCCAGCUCUUGGCAAUUAGAAGUCAAGCCGUGCAUUCAUGUGGACUCUUUAACAAUUGCUUCAAGCGAACCACAAAAUAUAGGUAGCAGUUGUGCUGAAUGCGGACUGGAAAACAACCUGUGGCUCUGCCUCCAUUGUGGCCACUUGGGCUGUGGCCGACAGCAAAUUGGUAUACAAGGUCAGUCUCAUGGAUUGUCGCAUUAUCAAGAAUAUCCGGAUCAUUCGUUAGCCGUGAAGUUGGGAUCUCUUAGUUACUCAUCUUCAGAUGUUUACUGUUACUGCUGCGAUGACGAAGUUCAAUUUGCUAAUGCAGAAAGUUGGACCAAAUUAUUGGGACAUUGGGGUAUCGAUAUCCGCGGCAAAGUGGCUCAGGAGAAGACCCUUGUGGAGCUACAAAUUGAGCAGAACAUGAAUUGGGAUUUUCAGAUGGUCGAUUCGCAGGGUCACGACUUGCAGCACUUAAAAAGCUCUCAAGAAUAUGGCUGCGGUCUGAUAAAUCUGGGCAAUUCUUGCUACAUGAACUCUGUACUCCAGAUUCUAAUGAAUGGCGGCAUAUCUUCUUGGUCUCUAGACCAACUCGGCGAUUUUCCUACCGAUGUCGUUUACGUCUCUAGCAACCUCAAAUGUCAGCUCAUUAAAUUGAGGAAUGCCAUGAAGAUUGAUCCUGCUAAGUAUUCCCGCGGUGUGAGACCAUCUACUUUCAAAAAUUGCGUCGGUGCGACACACGAGGAAUUCAGCUCAGGGAGACAGCAAGAUGCACUAGAGUUUUUCUCCUAUUUCACCGAUCUACUUGAUAACAAAGUUUUUGACAAAGCGUCUUCUAACCCUAAUGAUCUCUUAAAGUUUACACUUCAAGAUCGGCUCGAGUGCACGCAAUGCCAUGGUGUCAAAUAUUCGACGCAGGCCUCUGAUUACUUGCAGGUCCCCCUUUCAGAAACAGACAAACCCCAGGUUUUAGCUGAGCAGAUUGCGCGUUAUUUUGAAGGCGAAGAAGUGAGCUUUACAUGCCCCGCCUGUAGCAAACAAGUAACUGCCGUGAAGUCAUCAGGAUUUCAAUCGUUUCCCGACACUUUGGUGGUAAGCCCUACGCGGAUCAAAUUGGUCAAUUGGGUACCCACGAAGACCUCCCAAGAGGUUUUAAUGCCAGGAAUUCAGGCUACUGACAAAACCCCUUUGAAUCUAGGUAUUUUCAAAUCUCCUGGGUUUAAUGGCGAGACUGAGCAGUUGUUGCCAGAAAAUGAAGAGACCGCGGUCUUUAUACCUAGCGCUCAGAGCGUGAGCAGUCUUUCUGAAAUGGGGUUCACGGAAAACGCGAGCAUGAGAGCUCUUUACUUUACAAACAAUAGUAGUACUGAGGACGCCAUGAACUGGCUAUUCCAGCACGUCGAAGACUCUGAUCUCAACGACCCUUUCGUGGUGCCAGCUGCCAUAGAUGUGACAGCGUCAGUCUCGGCAUCGCACCUAGCCGAUAUGAUGUCUAUGGGUCUCGAUUCACAGCUAUGCCGUAAAGCCCUAGUUUUAAACAAGGGCGAUGUCAGUGCUAGUGUGGAAUGGGUUUUCAACAACUUAGAUGACAACAGCAAUAUUCAAGAAGAACAGGCCGAGCCCGAAGUUGAAAGAAAGGUUUACGGUUGUCCAGACCAGUCCCGGGCGAACUACUUGUUGAAGGCAGUUAUCUGUCACAAGGGCUCCUCGGUCCAAUCAGGCCACUAUGUGGCCUUCAUCAAGAAAAAGGUCAAGAACGAGACAAAAUGGGUUCUAUAUAAUGAUGAGAAGAUUGUUGUCGCCGAUGAUAAAACCAAUAUCGAGGAGUUGAAGAAGAAUGGCUACAUCUACCUCUUCCAAAGAUGUUAG